GCUCCUGAAUUCACUGCCUGCCACUUGGUUUGUGAUGACGCUGUAACGAGCCUGGAUGUAACCCGAUCCAACAAGUGAGAUCCAGAGAUUUUGAGAAACAAGAAAGGACAAGAUGGCUGGCUUUGGAAUGAUAAGUGUUUUUCUUCAUUUUUAAUUUGUGAAAUAUUCUCGGCAAUUUAUGGAAAAGACUUGGAACAAUGAAAAUAUGUAUUUUUUUGUUACACUGGGUAUGAAAGGGACUAGUUUGACGUGUUGCAGAGUGUGGUUGAAGGUGCUUAAUUUUAAAGUUGCCUUUUUUCGCUUCGUUGCUAUUAUGAUGUAGGAUUCAGUGUAGCCUACUGUGAAGAGACGUACAAAGUUUUUAUUAUUAUUAUUUAAUGCAGCGUUUGUGUAAUUUGGUCUGCAUGCGAGGUACUGUACUUUUGCCAAACGUUUUUUGCCAAAAAAAAAAAAUUAUUUUGUGUAAAGGAAAACACUUCAACUGUCACUUUCAGAUAUAUAUCAUCAACAGGAAACACAAAGAAAAUAAUUGCUACUUUAGUAGCUACAAUUUUUUUAUUAGAUUUUCUGUUCUACAUAACACGUUAAUCUGUUUACUGUGUGAAGAUUUCUAAUUAAAGAAGGACAAGAUACUGCAUGUGCAUGUUAAACUAAAAAUCAAAGUAAAUAAAUGCAACAUUCCGUGCAUUGACAAGUGCGAUGAGCUCAAGUCGUGUAACACCUCAGCAGCGGCAGCCCCUGCCUGGUCACAACUCCUCGGGCGCAACUGGUACGACACUGGGCAUUAGACAAGACCCAAACGAUCGCGGGAUGGAUAUAGAAAUGGUUCACCGCCCUAACCGUGGUCCCAGGAGCACCACCGGCACACCUCCCUCUUCCUCCUGCUCCAGACAGGCCUGGAGCCGAGUAAAUCCUGGGUUUGAGCCCGAGGAAGAAAUGCUGGAGGCGGGCUGGCCUCCUGCGAGCCCUGGGAGGAGGUCGUUGUCCACAGCAUCCAGCAGUACAAGCAGCGGGAGUAUAGGUUACGUCAGAGGUGGUGGUACACGGGGACCUUCGGGUCUGUGCCCGACCCCUACUGUGGAAAUACUGCACCGCCAAGACAGAACUGAGCAAAGUGAAUGUGGGAGAAGGAUGCUGCAAAAACUUCGAGUCCUGUGGGGAACGAGGCUGAUGGAGGAUAGCGGUGCAAGCAGAGAAAAGUACCUGAAGAAUGUACUGCGGGAGCUGAUUACCUACAUCAUUUUCCUGGUGAUACUGUGUAUUUUGACAUAUGGGAUGGUGAGCUCCAGCAUGUAUUAUUACACAAAGGUCAUGUCACAGCUGUUCCUGGACACUCCUCUAUCAAAUGACGAGAAGACAAAUUUCAAAACUUUGGCUAGUAUGGGUGACUUCUGGAAGUUCGCAGAAGGCCCAUUACUAGGUGGCCUGUAUUGGGAUGCCUGGUAUAAUAACAAAACCCUGCCAGAGAACCAGAGUUUCAUCUACUAUGAGAACCUGCUUCUGGGUGUACCUCGCUUAAGACAGCUAAAAGUGAGGAACGAGUCGUGUGCGAUCCAUGAAGACUUGAGGGAUGAAAUCCAGGAUUGUUACAACAUGUAUUCGAUGGGAAAUGAGGACACCUCUCCGUUUGGUCUUUUAAGUGGAACUGCCUGGACUUAUGCUAAAGAAGAGGAUUUGAAUGGAAGCCAUCACUGGGGUCUGAUCACUACCUAUAGUGGCGGGGGCUACUAUCUGGACCUCUCACGGACCAGAGAAAAGACAGCUGCAAAAGUGAAAACACUUAAAGAGAACCUGUGGUUGGACAGAGGAACCCGCGUGGUGUUCAUUGAUUUCUCGGUUUACAAUGCCAAUAUCAAUCUCUUUUGUGUUGUCAGGAUGGUGGUGGAGUUUCCUGCCACUGGUGGCACUGUUACCUCUUGGCAGUUUCAGACUGUGAAACUGAUCCGCUACGUAUCCAACUUUGACUACUUCGUAGCUGCUUGCGAGAUCGCUUUCUGUCUUUUUAUCCUCUACUAUAUGGUGGAGGAGAUCCUGGAAAUACGUAUUCAUAGACUCUAUUACUUCAGGAGCCUCUGGAACUGCCUGGACAUUCUUAUCAUUGUGCUUUCUCUUGCGGCUAUUGUUAUUAAUAUAUACCGGACAUCUACUGUGAAGGCUGUUCUGAAGUACCUUUUGGAAAAUCAGGAGACUUUCCCGAACUUUGAGCAGCUUACUUCCUUGCAGAUCCAGUUCAACAACCUGGCAGCAGUGAUUGUGUUCUUCUCCUGGGUUAAGCUCUUUAAAUUUAUUAACUUUAACAAAACAAUGAGUCAGUUAUCUUCCACCAUGUCUCGUUGUGCCAAGGAUGUCAUUGGCUUUGCCAUCAUGUUCUUCAUCAUAUUCUUGGCUUAUGCCCAGCUGGCAUAUCUUGUGUUUGGAACCCAAGUAGAUGACUUCAGUACAUUCCAGGCCUGCAUAUUCACGCAGUUCCGCAUUAUUCUAGGUGAUUUUGAUUUUGCUAAAAUUGAAGAAGCAAACAGAAUUUUGGGGCCAAUUUACUUUACAACAUUUGUCUUCUUCAUUUUCUUCAUUCUUCUGAACAUGUUUUUGGCCAUUAUUAAUGACACCUAUUCAGAAGUAAAAGCUGACAUGGCCCAACAGAAAUCAGAAAUGGAACUUGCUGAUCUCAUUAAAAAGGGAUGUAACAAGGCCAUGGUUAAACUCCGGCUUAAGAAAACCACCGUUGAUGACAUUUCGGAGAGCCUUCGACAGGCGGGAGGAAAGCUCAACUUUGAUGAACUGCGCCAGGAUCUUAAAGGAAAAGGCCACACAGAUGCUGAGAUUGAAGCCAUUUUUGCUAAAUAUGAUCAAGAUGGAGAUCAAGAGCUGACGGAACAUGAACACCAACAAAUGAGAGAUGACUUGGAGAAGGAACGAGAGGAUCUGGACCUGGAAAGGAGCUCGUUGCCCCGGCCAGUCAGUGGACGCAGCUUUCCCCGCAGCCUGGACGACUCCGAGGAGGACGAUGAUGAGGACAGCGGCCACAGCUCCCGCAGGAGAGGCAGCAGCUCCAGUGGAGUCUCCUAUGAGGAAUUCCAGGUGCUGGUUAGACGUGUGGAUCGUAUGGAGCAUUCGAUCGGAAGUAUUGUGUCCAAAAUAGAUGCUGUGAUUGUAAAGCUUGAAGCAAUGGAGCGAGCCAAACUGAAGAGAAGGGAUGUGCUUGGCAGACUUCUGGAUGGGGUCAUUGAGGACGAGCGACUAGGGCGUGACAAUGAGAUCCACCGGGAGCAGAUGGAGCGACUGGUACGAGAGGAGCUGGAGCGCUGGGAGUCUGAUGACACAGUGUCCCAGAUGAGCCAUCGUCUGGGGACCCCGCUGGGUGGGAAUGGACAACCCCGUUCGCGCAGCUCCCGGCCCUCCUCCUCGCAGUCCAUAGAGGGUCUGGAGGGAGCAGGAAGUGCGGGCAGCCAUGUGUAACCUAGCAACCCAACAGGAACCUCAAGGGGGUGCUGCUGAAUUAACUUGCAGUGAGCCGGGGAGAGUGGUGAAAAGAAAGGGGUAUAAAA